CACGCACACACACACAGCUUCCGCUUUAUUCUCAAGCGUGUUGCCGACCCUCUAAACUUGUUUUUUGUUUUGUUCUUUUAAUCUUUCUGUGUGUGUGUGUGUGUGUGUGAAGCAGUUUCAGCAUCGAAGCGGAAACGGUGUUUGUGUGUGGCGUGUGCGCGCAUGCGAAUGUGCGCGUGAGUGUGUGUGUGUGCGCGUGUGUUUUUUUGCGGGAAGGAGUGGCUCCCGCAACCGUUUCAGCUCUUCAUACAGAUGUCAAACGAGCCUCAAAUGGACUCUACCACGUUUUUGUGAGGAUUUAUCUCUUUGUCGAAGAAGAAGAAGGGCUUUAAAAAAAAUAAUAAAAAAGAAAAGAAACCGGGCCGGGAAAAAAAACUGGUUGCAGAUGUUUGAUUCCCCUUUUUCCCUCUGCUUGCUGUAAGAGGAGGAGAGACACUGAGGAGAGACCAUGCCGGUUCCACCACCACCCCCUCCCCCACCCCCGACCCUGGCUCUGGCCAACACGGAGAAGCCCACCCUGAACAGGUCUGAGCAGCAGGGCAGGAAUGCGCUACUGUCCGACAUCUCCAAAGGAGCCCGACUCAAAAAGACAGUUACCAAUGACCGCAGUGCACCAGUACUGGAGAAGCCCAAAGGAGGUGGAGGAGGAGGUGGUGGAGGAGGAGGAGGAGGUGGUGGAGGAGGAGGAGGGGGCGGGUUUGGAGGUGGAGCUCCGGGUGGAUUUGGAGGACUGUUUCAAGAUGGUAUGCCAAAGCUGCGGUCCACUAGGGAUGACUCUGGUGGCGUUCGAUCCCCCAUCCUCCCUCCUGGAGCCCGUAGUUCUGGUCCACGUCCUUUUAUGGGCGGUGCUAGCUCCACCCCACGUUUCCCUGGCCAGCGUAAUGGCCCUUCUGAAUCUCCACGUCCUCGAAUGACUCCUCCACGCUCUGAAACCCCCGGAGGUCCUCCUCCACCCGUUCCUAACACCCCACGGCCCAAUCAGAGCAGUGUACAGAACAGAGGACCUCCCCCUCUGCCAGGUGGACUCCGGUCUACACCAACCCCGCCCCCUCCGAACCUGUCUGGAAGACAGGCAGCACCUCCACCUGUUCCAGGCGGACGUCCCUACUCCAGCUCUGCAGCCCCACCUCCUGUGCCUCAUUCCAGCCGCCCUCCUCUUCCCCCAGCUCCUAGUCGAGGAGACGACCGCCCACCACCUGUUCCACCUGGUAACCGCCCAUCCAUGGCCCUCCCACGGGACAACCCGCCUCCUCCACCUCCUCCAUCUGCCAACAGCAAGCCGCCUCCACCUCCUUCCUCAUCUCGUGGGCCUGCAAGCUCCGCUCCUCCACUGCCACCAGGAAGACCGAAGCCCAGUGACGAAAACACGCCACGUCUUCCUCAGAGGCAUCUGUCACUCACUCCCCAUUCUCAGUCCCCUCCUACACCUGGGAGGUCAGGCCCACUUCCUCCGCCUCCCUCUGAGAGACCGCCCCCUUUGGGCCGGAAUCCGUCCGCACGAUCCGGUCCACUCCCACCUCCACCACCUUCCGGGCGACCAGGAAGCGGAGGCGUGCGGCCAUCUGCAGCCCCGCCUCCUCCGAACAGACUAGGGUCAGAGCCUCCUCGUGCCGGCAACAGACCGCCCCUCCCUCCUGACCGCCCCACUUCUGGAGGACCGCCCCCUCCUCCUCCACCAAUGGGCAACGGGUAUCACAGUCAGGAUGCAGAUGAGUGGGAGGCGCGCUUCAGUUUCCGACCCGUCUCAGAUUUCCCGCCUCCAGAGCCGUACAUCCCGUUUCAGAAAGUAUACCCCAGCAAACUGGCCAGAAGUGAAGGCAGAGGUUCAACGAAAAAGGAGCGAGGCGCACCCCCGUUGCCUCCCAUUCCCAGAUGAAGGAAGUGGACUGGACUCUCAGGGACACCAUGCCUCUUCCUCUGUAUUUUGUUCUUCAUUAUUAUUUUCCAAAAACAUUCUUAUAUUUUUUUGCAUGUCAGGCUCUUCCUUGCUGUUUUAUUUUUUUCCUUCUCUCGGACAUAUUAUGCCAUAGGUUCUUUACGACGAGGUCACAUAAGUGUCAAUAGUUUUAUACGAUCGUACACACGACACACGGAGGAAAGACCAGGCGGUUCCUACCCUGUUCACAUUGCUGGGCCAAUGUUUGAUAUCUCUUCAUGUUUCCAGUGGCUGGGAAAUGGACUCAUACUCGUAGAACCAAUGAAUGAUCUGACCAGGCACCAGAAAUGGGGUUCUGCUGCUUUACAAAAAAGUCUACCACAAAGCCUUCCUGUACCUAAUAUCCUUUCAUCCCUCACCUUUACUCUCUCUUCAUACUCGCUCUUUAUUAAAUGCCCCGCCCACUAAAUUUAUUCAUUGGGGAGCACUUGAUAUGUGGAGAAAUGUUAGGGUAUCGCCUUACUAGUUGUGUGUGUGUGUGUGUGUGUUGAAUACACAAGGCUCCAACGAUUAACACAAGUUCUCUUUUCCUUUAUUUUGUCUUUCUUUUUUAAUCACACUUAAAGGAAUAACGCAGCAUUUUGUCCAAGCUCAUCUCUAUCUUGAUCCACCAUGUGUGUAGAGUAUGUGCGAUUACCACAGUCUCAUUUUCUUGUAAAGGAAUAGAGUUUACUCAGAAAAAGAAAAAAAAAGAAAACGCUUACAAAUUACGUCUAAGGGUCAGUGAAUUCGGUCAGUAAAUAUUUAACUACAUGACUGUAUAAAAAAACUAUAACAAAACCUAUAACAAUAUAUUUAUAUUUAUCUACUUUCACAUCAAUGAAGUGUAAAUAUUUGCACUUCUAUGGUGAUUCACUCCUGGGAAAAUGUAAAUUAUUUCCUUUAAAAGAAAAACCCUAAAUGAUGCAAACGUCAUACCAAUUUGCUUGGAGUCUUCCUCGAAGGGUUCUACAGAAAGUUUAACAGCUUCCUUUAGACUUCCAUUAUCCGUGACACGAUCGCACAUACUCUCUCGCUGUGAUCCGCAGAGACGAGGUGGAAAAACUCCGGAGUAUUCUUUUUAAUCCAAUCCGUGCUGCCAUCUCGUUUCUGGGGAAAUUCGAGGUGCGAGCCUUGUGAGCCGAUCAACAUCUGCAAUACUCCGUUACUGAGCGUCGAAGCGAUUUGUGAUUUAUCGUAAUGAAGGAUGUGCCUUAUUAUGAUCUUUGUGUCUAAGUGUGUAAGGAUAUCUGUCUAGAAGAAACAAAGAAGACCACAGAGUGCCUAAAACCUUCCUCUCAAUGUUGCUUGUGUUCUCGUUCGUUUCUGUACGUUCAGUAUUAUUACGGCUGUUGUUUCAUUGACAAGAUGUGUUUAAAGCGUGCACUUUUUUUUGUAUGCACAUAUACAUAGACUAUACAUUCUAUACAAUAAUAAUAAUAAUAAUAAUAAUAAUAAUAAGCAAAGCCUCUUUUUGUGCCAUGAUUUGGCUAAAUCUAACGUGGGAAAUAAGCUUGUGUGUGAUGUACAUUAGCUUGGUUUAGGCUUACGAUAUUGAUAAGCACUUGUUUACAGGCCAUUUGGAUGGCGCGAGCUUUGACAGAAGGAUGAGAUGAAAGAAAGGAUGAGAAAGAAAGAAUGUGAGCUGCUUCCUGGGAUUAUGCAUAUGAGACUGAUCUAAAAAAAUAAAAUCUUCUAAUAAUCCUGAUUAUUUUGUCAGGUCCUGCAGUCUCAUCUGUGUAGAAUCUAGACAAAUUGUGUUGUGAUUUUUGUGGUGGUGUUUUUUUUUUAAUUGUUUUUCCAUGAAACUUUGUAUAUAAGCAAAAGUGCACAAAACGCUUGUCGCAAGAAGUCACAAAGCGAAGACCAAAAAUAGAGCUGAACCUCUGGGUGAGUGUAUGAAUGCUGAAAAGGUGAAGGUUUCUGUACUGUUUGAAGGCGGGUUUAUGGUUUCUGUCUUGAGUAUGUUUUGCACCCGUGCCGGUCAGCGACGCCUCGAUGAUGUCACGCUGACCGUGGCACAUGCAGCGGUACUUAGAGACUGUUUUUGUUUCCUUUUCCUUUUUUUUCCCCUCCCUCCAUUGUUUUUAUUUGUGUUGUUCAUUUUGUUGAUCUGUUACAGCUUCUCUGCUUGUGCCUUCUUAUUUUUGUGUGGAACAUGAAAGCGUGUUUAAGAGGUUUUCUAAAUAAAUGAAGUUGAAGUGAA